AUGCUAGGCUAUGCCUACACAGUGCAGUAUGAACAAGGAGGCUUUGAAGAGGAACUUUUGCUGUCCUCUUUGACAGUUUCUUCAAAAAGAGCUGUAGAAGAUUUCAAGGGAAUUGUUGUCGGUGGCAUCAAUAUAAACAACUUAAGAUAUGCAGAUGACACAGCUCUCUUAGCAGAAAAUGAAAGUGACCUCCAGGAUCUAUUAACUGCUGUUAAUACAGAAGGUGAAAGAUAUGGGAUGAAUAUCAACGUUUCAACAACUAAGGUAACAGUAAUCAGCAAGAACGAAGUGAUCCCAGUUGCCAACAUCUCCCUAAAUGGCACUGUAUUGCAGCAGGUUUCAAACGUGGUUUACCUUGGCCACAUGAUUACCAGUGAUGGAAAAUGUGAAACCGAGAUCAAGAGGAGAAUUGAAAUCGCCAGAGGAGUCUUUGAGAAUAUGUCAAAGAUAUUUACCUCUAGAAAUAUAAAAGGUUGCCAAAGACUGGUACGUUGCUAUGUCUGGUCGACUCUUCUUUACGGCGUUGAAACAUGGUCAGUUUCAAAAUCUGCAGUGAAGAAACUGGAAUGA